GGUCCCGGAAGGUGAGGAGCUGACCUACUUCCGGUCUUUGUGACUCAUUGUGUCUGUGGCGAGGCGUUGGGAGGGCCUAGGCCGGUGUGCAGUGCCCUUCGGCUGGGUUGAGCCGUGCUUGGUCGCCCCGCGUCCCCAAGCCGCUCCGGAGACUCACGGAAUAGUGCAGGAAUCGAUAGAAGAUAAUUGCCGGAACGGAAAGGGCAGCCUGAGCCCGUUGGACCCCAGCAGCUCCCUCAGCCUGCAUGAUGACUGCUGAGUCAAGGGAAGCCACGGGUCUGUCCCCGCACGCUGCGCAGGAGAAGGAUGGAAUAGUCAUCGUGAAGGUAGAAGAAGAAGAUGAGGAAGACCACAUGUGGGGGCAGGACUCCAGCCUGCAGGAGACGCCGCCACCCGACCCAGAGGUGUUCCGCCAACGGUUCAGGCGGUUCUGCUACCAGAACACUUUUGGGCCCCGAGAGGCCCUGAAUCGACUAAAGGAACUUUGCCAUCAGUGGCUUCGACCAGAAGUCAACACGAAGGAGCAGAUCUUGGAGCUGUUGGUGCUGGAGCAGUUCCUGUCCAUUUUGCCCCAAGAGCUGCAGGUGUGGCUGCAGGAGUACCGGCCUGACAGCGGGGAGGAGGCUGUGACUCUUCUGGAAGACCUGGAGCUUGAUCUGUCGGGGCAGCAGGUCCCGGGUCAAGUUCAUGGGCCUGAGAUGCUUGCCAGGGGUGUGGUGCCUCUGGAUCCAGUUCAGGAGUCCUCAAGCUUUGACCAUCACGAAGCUACCCGGUCUCGCUUCAAGCAUUCAUCUAGGAAGCCUCGCCUCUUGCCAUCCCGAGCUCUCCCUGCCACCCACGUUCCUGCCCCUCAUCACGAGGGGAAUCCCAGAGACCAGGCGAUGGCAUCUGCACUAUUGACCGCAGAUUCCCAGGCAAUGGUGAAGAUCGAGGACAUGGCCGUGUCCCUCAUCCUGGAGGAAUGGGGAUGUCAGAACCUGGCUCGGAGGAAUCUCAGUAGGGACAGCAGGCAGGAGAAGUUGGGGACUGUGUUUUCCCAGGGUUCUGAAAACAGGAAUGGGAAUGAGUUGACCUCAAAGGCUGAAGUCAAAGAAGAUUCCACCUCACAUGGGGAGACAGGAGGAAGGUUCCAGAAAGAAUUUGGAGAGAAACGUGAACAGCAGGGCAGAGUAGUCGAAAGGCAACAGAGAAACCCUGAAGAGAAAAAUGGCAAAGAAAAGAAAGAGCCGGCGCCACCUACAGCCAGGGAGAAAAAGCCCAGCAUGGGAGAGAGGGGCCCGAGGGAGAAGGGCAAAGGCUUGGGAAGAAGCUUCAGCCUGAGUGCAAACUUUAAUAACACCCCGGAAGAGGCGCCCUCGGGAGCAAAGACUCACAGAUGUGAUGAGUGUGGGAAAUGCUUCACUAGAAGCUCCAGCCUCAUCCGCCAUAAAAUCAUCCACACUGGCGAGAAGCCCUAUGAGUGUAACGAGUGUGGGAAAGCCUUCAGCCUCAAUUCCAACCUUGUCCUGCACCAGCGCAUCCACACAGGAGAGAAGCCUCAUGAAUGUAGCGAGUGCGGCAAGGCCUUCAGUCACAGCUCCAAUCUCAUCCUGCACCAGCGCAUCCACUCUGGAGAGAAACCCUACGAAUGUAACGAGUGUGGCAAGGCCUUCAGCCAGAGCUCAGACCUCACAAAGCACCAGAGAAUCCACACAGGGGAGAAGCCCUAUGAAUGUAGCGAGUGUGGAAAAGCUUUCAACCGAAACUCAUACCUUAUUUUGCAUCGCAGAAUUCACACCCGAGAAAAGCCCUACAAGUGCACUAAGUGUGGCAAGGCCUUCACCCGGAGCUCGACCCUCACACUGCACCAUCGAAUCCAUGCCAGAGAGCGAGCCUCAGAAUACAGCCCGGCCUCUCUGGAUGCCUUUGGAGCAUUCCUGAAAAGUUGUGUGUAAAGCAGGAGUGUGUCAUCAAGCCAUUUCCCCCUUUUUCUUUCCAGAAUUAUGUCAGACGUACGUAGGUGCCCACCAGGGGAAAAGUAGUAACACCAUCAAAUUGUUUGAGAAGUCACAUGUAAGGAUCCGUAAGAGUUACAUCAACAGUGUUCUGCCUCCCAGUGGCCUGUAGGAAUGUAAUUCUGAAAGUCCUCACAAAGGAAAGCUGGUCUGGAUGGCCUUCAGGACAUCUCCACUCAAGAUAAAAGC